AUGGGCUUGAAGACAAUGGACUCCUCGACCCGUCUAUUGAAGCACUCGCCACCCCAUCUGGCCCUGCAGCCUUGGGAGACGCGCUUCGCGACCGCCGAGAUGUCGGCAUUCAUGAAUUCCAUGAAUUAUCUGCCAUGGGUCUCUGUCGUUAUUUACGCCGCAAGUAUUUACGCCGUGAAAAGAUACAUGAAGCAUCGACCGGCCUUCUCGCUGAGGAAGGCGCUGGUGGCCUGGAACGGUAUCUUGGCCAUCUUCAGCCUCCUCGUCACGGUGAGGAUCGGGGUUUGCGUCAUUCACGUCACGAGUCACUUAGGACUCGGCUUUAGCACCUGCGCCAAGGGGAUAGUCGAGGAAGACCCAACUGGCCAUUUGUGGAUCGUUAUCUUCUCUUUCUCCAAGAUCCUGGAAUUAGGCGACACCAUCUUUACUGUCCUUCGGAAACGAAAGCUCAUCUUUCUUCACUGGUAUCACCACAUAACCGUCCUCCUAUUCACCUGGUUCAACGUUGCCAGAAUGGAGGAGGCUGGCACAUGGUUCUGUUUGAUGAACGCUGCGAUCUCGCAGAUGGUGCUGGGCAUAGUAGUUUGCGCAUACGUGACCGUCACGAAGAUGCGCGGGUACGAGUGCAACAUGUCAAACCUGAUAUUGACGAGCGCAAUUUUGAUGUAUCUAAGCUACUUCGUCUUGUUCGUGGACUUCUUCCGCAAGACAUACAGAAAGCCACCCUCUUCUCGGAAACAAAAUGCGCCAUCGCCUCAUAACGUCGAGGAGAAAGUCGGCAUUCAGCGAGGGAAAAUGUGUCAGAUGGGGAAUGGCCUUGUGGCUUCCUUGCUUGGAGCUGCUCCAGGAUGGCGGAGCAAAGCCGGUCGCGCUGCCCGGAGCCAUACGAGUCAGUCACCCGACCGUUACCGCUACUUGGCAAGGGCAAGGGCAAGGGGUCGCCGUGUGGAUGAGUCGGACCGGUGUGGACCGGAGUGGAGCCGGUUGGACGCAGUAGAAUUUCGGGGAUUCUGGUCGUUGGUUGUGUACAUCAGGCUGAUAACUUUACAAAUGGGCUUGAAGACAAUGGGCUCCUCGACCCGUCUAGUGAACCAAUCUGCACCCCAUUUGGCCCUGCAGCCUUGGGAGACGCGCUUCUCGUCCCCCGAGAUGUCGGCAUACAUGAAUUCCAUGAACUAUCUGCCGUGGCUCGCUGUCGUUACCUAUGCCGCAAGUAUUUACGCAGUGAAAAGAUUCAUGAAUCAUCGACAGGCCUUCUUGCUCAGGAAGGCGCUGGUGGCGUGGAACGGUAUCUUGGCCAUCUUCAGCCUCAUCGUCACAGUGAGGAUCGGGGUCAGCCUCUUUCACUUCGCGAGACACUUAGGAACCGGCAAUAGCAUCUGCGUCAAGGGGAUAGCCGAGGAAGACCCAACUGGCCAUUUGUGGGUCGUUACCUUCUCGUUCUCCAAGAUCCUGGAAUUAGGCGACACCUUCUUUACUCUCCUUCGGAAACGGAAACUCAUCUUUCUUCACUGGUAUCACCACAUAACCGUCCUCCUAUUCACUUGGUUCAACGUUGCCUUUUCUCAGAUCUCGCAGAUGGUGCUGGGCAUAGUAGUUUGUGCAUACGUGACCGUCACGAAGAUGCGCGGGUACGAGUGCAACAUGUCCAACCUGAUAUUGACGUGCGCAAUUUUGAUGUAUCUAAGUUACUUCGUCUUGUUCGUGGACUUCUUCCGCAAGACUUACAGAAAGCCACCCUCUUCUCGGAAACAAAAUGAGCCUUCCCCCCAUAACGUCGAGAAGAAAGUCCGCAUUCAUUCUGUCGACGGGACAACAGCGUUCGAGAACACUUCCGCGAUCUUUCGGAGAAAGCUGUUGACUGGGGGCACUUCCGCUGGAGUCAGUUACAACGACUUCCUUCAAUGA